UUUCGUAUUUGGCACCACUAAGUUAAGUUCAUUGACAAAGUUAUAUGAUAUACAUAACAAAUUUAACGAAGUUCGACGAGAAGAGAAAGGAGAUAACUUUCUGUGCGCAUAUUGUUUUUGAAUAACGAAUUUUUCGUCCAGUAUGUAAAUUGCUUUUCAAUGAUGUUUUGUGUAAAAUACGUGGGAAGAAAGAAUAACCUGAAAUCUUUUAAUGUAGCCUAUCAAGCUUUCUAUUCUCGACGGAGCAGCGACAAUAAUACAACGUUGUAUAAAAUCAUCAAUGCAAAUGGAGAAUCCAUCGAUGCAACUGAUAAUGGUGAAUUUGAAACUAACAACAAUUGGGAAUUGUUGACACCAAGAGGAUUUAGAUUUUAUUUACCAGGUAGCAUAGGUCCUGGUUGGGUAAAUUCAUCUACUACUACUCAUAUCAAAACAGAAUUCAUUACCAUUACCCAAAAUGAUUCUAAUAACGUUAAUGUAAAGAAAGAUGCUAAUACCGUUAAUGUAAAGAAAAAUUAUAAAAGAUUAAAAAAGAAAUCUUAUAUAAAACGACCAUUGUUACAUUGUACUGCCCAAGAAUGUCCGCUUCUAUUAAGGAAGGGCAUCGAAGAAUUGUUUUCUGGUUGUUUGGAUGUAAGUGCUGCACAAUUAACUAUUGUGACUAUAAGUCAAAAAUCUGAUUUUAAAACAUUAAGAUGGAGUAAAAUAACUGAAACUGAGAAAUUGGCAAAAUAUUUUGUAUUAGCUGCAUCAGAUAUUUGUACGAGAUUAAAAAUGAUUGGAUAUUGGGCAGAUUUCAUUAAUCCAUUUAGUGGACAACCAUAUUUUAGUUCUCUGAAAACGAAUACUCUUUACACAACCGAUGAACGGUUUAGAUGUUUAGGUUUUAAAAUAAAAGAUAAAAAUAAUUGCAAAAUUAUUACUUAUGAUAAUAACGUAUCAAACUUUAUAGGUAGCUUAUAUACAACAGCUCCAGCAAGCAUGGAAUUUUUGAAGGAAAUUAUGAGCAACAUCAACACAGAAUUCUAGUAAAUAAAAUUAUAUCAUCACUCACUUCAGCUAAAGAAUUGUGAUCAACGGCAGCUAUAAUUACUGGCGAAUCACCGCGCACGCUAAAUCCGAAACCUUCACCGUCUGGUCCUCUUUGAAGUUGAACGUUUCUCGGUGCGGUCCAAUGCCUUUUUGCAGAAAAUAUAGCUACUGGUCCCAAUGAUCUAAAUAGAUCCUCAACUCCAUGUUGGCCAAAAUCCGGAUGUGUGAUGCUCAAUUGAAAUUUAGUAGACGCUAUAUAUUAAUGCAAUUAUUAUUUACAUAUUGUGAUAUUAUUUUUAUGUAAAAAAAAAAAAAAAAAAAAAAAGAAAGAAAGUAGAAUGAUAUAUUUUAUACUUACCAAUGAUAUCUGGGGGAUCUAAUAAUUCCCGAAAAUCAUCUUCGUCGCCAAUUUUAUUAUACAUAUCGAGCGUGGCUUCGUGUCCUUUUUUCAAGACCUUCGCCAGCGCCUGUUUGCCUUUCAAUUCUCUGCACAUUCUUUGUAGCCGUUGGCUUUCCUCGUGCAAAACCAGAGCUUCCCUUAAAUGUGCUUUUCCUGUGUUCGUAAAAAAAAAAGAAAAAAAAAAAAAAAGUUAUUAAACGAAAAACAAAAAGAAACAAAAUUUAAUAUCGUAUACGUAUCAAAACGUAUCAUUACAUUUAUAACGUAUUAAUUAAUUAAUUAAUAUUAAAUUUGAUUAUAUUUAUAAAAUGUAUUAGCUUUGUACAUAUAUUGAAACAAACUAUAUGAUUAAGUCUUUAUAAAUUUUAUAUAUAUAUAUAUAUAUACAUACAUUUUUUUUUCUUUUAAUUUAGUAAACCAUUUAAAUUUAGUAUCUCGUUAAGUAUUUUUAUCGAAGACAAUAAACCGCAUUUUCGAAAUUUAAACUUUGUUUUAUUAUAGAAAAUGCAAAAUUGAUAUAAUUCAUGAUAAUCAAAUCAAAACACUGAUCGAGAAUAACAAAUAUUGCAAAAUUCUCUAUAAUAAUAAAGAUAUAAAAAUUUAUGGGGAAAAAAAAAAAAAAAAAAAAAGAACUAUCAACUUAACGAGCAUUUAAUAAUAUUUAUUCAUAAUAUUAUUAAUAUUUGAUAGUAUUACUUAUCGGCAGAAACAUUUGAAACAAUUAAAUAUUAAUAGGACGAUUUUUCUUAGAAAAAAAAAAAAAAAAGUAAUAAACCAUAAUCAAUAUACCUAAAAGUUUUCUUUCGUUGUCAUCUCUAGGCACGGUAACUUCCAAUUGCGUUUUCCCAUCGCUCUUUUGAAUAUGUUCCAAUGUUAGUUUCGUUUCUACUCGAAAUUCAGCUAUCGGUCUAUCAAGUAAACCAGCAGCUAAAUGUUUGUGAGCGAGUGCUAAAUGAUGCUCGCGUUUAACCAAUAUCAAAGAGAUCCAAGUUUCUGGGACAUAAUCACGAACUGGUUCCCGAGAUAUCAGGGCGUGAACGUCGUUAUAAACAGCGGCAACCUUUAAUGCGAUUCAAUAGGAUGAUAUAUAAAUUAUUAAUUAAUUAUAGAUUUAUUGAAAUUAUCGUGGGGAAAAAAAAAACAAGAAACAAUUUACUUGUGCAGCUUCUUGAGCUAAAUCCAAGGAAAUGUCGAUAGUUCUUCCUUCUCUCGAUUGUAGUUCCAACUUUUCGAACAGACAUUCCCUCGCUUGUGCCUGAAAUAAAAGAUUCGAAUAAAUAAAUAAAUAAAUAAAUAAAUAUAUAUAUAUAUAUAUAUAUAUAUAUAUAACAUGAAUACUGACGAUCAGCAAAAUAUCUUCGUAUUUUAGAAAAGUAUAUCGUAAAAUUUCAAUGAAAUCGAUUCAACGAUAUCGUUAAUUUUCAACUAGAAUAAUUUUUACAAUAAAUUAAUUCCAAUUUAUUUUUCGAGAUUUUAAAGAAGACGUUCUUUACAUUUCACAAAUGAUUCGAAUGUAUUAUUUCUAUAAAAUCGAUUAAUUAAUUUCGAAAAUAAAUGCGUUUGUAAUGAAAUAUUCGGCAUUCGGAAAAUUUUCAAACGAUCGUAUUGAAAUUUUGAACUAUAUUAUCCACCUAAUGAUAUACGAAUAAUCUAUAAAAUUGUAUGAAAUUUACUUCGAUCAAUUUUUUAUCAUAGUUAAAGAAAUUUUACUAAGCACGUCGGAUAUGCAUGCUAUAAAAUCGUAUAAUAAGUAUACCAGCAUUAAUUGAACGAGCAUUUCAAGCAUGUCAGGUCCAAGAUCCAUGCUCGGUGCAUUGGUAAAAUUUUCAUGAAUAUAUCGAAAUGUUCCAGCGGCUCUAAGAAAAGCAUCGACUGCUUGAUCUAACCCACGAGUAGAGUGUCUGUCUUGUUUAGCGGCCAACUGUGUGUAAAGUGCGCCAGCAUUGAACAGAAUCGAUGCCUUUUCAAAUGCAACAGUACGUUGACGACUUGGUACGCCAGUCAAAGAAUCGAACCACUCGAAAUGUAUUCCAAGACUUCUGUCAGGUGGAAAAAAGCGUCUUUCGAUGAAAUAAAGCUGAUUAUAAUAACGCAAAAGCAGGGCUAUACCUGCUGCGUCUCUUGUCGGUGUUCUCGUUGCCUUAAAAAGAAAAGAAAAGGAAAAAAAAAAAGAAAUAAUAUAAAUUUAAGUUAAUAUAGAGUUAAAGAGUUUAAGUAAAAAAAAAAAAAAAAAAAAAA